AUGGCAGACUACUGUUACGGCGAGAUGUCCGCGCGGGCAUGUGUGCAAGUUUUUGAUGUAGAAGUGCAUAGCACAUCCGGUGAGUCAGAUGAUGACCCUGGGACUGGUAUUUACGAGGAAGAUGUUCUUUGCACGUCCAGUGAGUCCGAGGAUGACUCUGACUUCGAUGAUCGUGACGAGAGCCCACCCUGCCCACCAUUCACGCCGGAAUCCCCACGGGAUGGCGAGGAUCUGGUGGACGAUGUGGCGUCUCUCCUGGAUGGCAAAGGCAUCGGCAAUGUGCUCGGUGGAGAGGCCGCGCUUUCGAUCAUGGGCGUGCCCCUCAUCCCUCACUUCACCGCGUUCAUCAUUCCGGAUGAGCAAAUCGACCAGGCGGCCCAGGUGCUCCGUGACGCCCAGUACCCCCGCCUGCAAGGAUUUGGACCAAUGCUGGUCUCGGGCUUGAUCAUGCCCCUCGCUGGGCCUUUGCCGCCCGAGGACCCCUUUUACAUGGCCACUUCCGAUGCGCGGCUCUACAGGCCAUCGUUGUGGGGCGGCCGGGUGAUGCCGAACUGCCGGGGCCGGCGGAAUAAGAAGUCCUACCCGGUCAAAAUCCUCCACCCGGCGCGGUAUAUGGAGAAUCUGGUCUACCUGAUGGUCCGCGACAUUGGGUACCUCGUCUGCAACGGGUGGCAAGCCGAGCUGAAAUGUAUGUUGUCGUUCAGUCCGCUCUUGCCGAGUGCGAACCUAGCGCUGGCCGCGAUCGAUGUCGAGCUCGAGGACGUACAGGAUGGGCCGAUCCGGGACUGGCUUGGGCUGCACCAGAUAUGGGACAAUAAUGAGGCGGCCAUCUGCGUUCGGUUCGCGGCUCUUCACCGACAUUGGAAAAAGUCGGGCCUACUGGGUGAACCCCUGAUGACUCCCCGGGAAGCGAAGGGUGUCUCGCCGAGAGACAUUGAGAAGUGCCUCAGGAACAUGGAAGAGGGGAAACCCCCAAGCGUGGCUCUUGAGGAGUCCGGCUGGACUUGUCAAUUGAUGUAG